UCUAACACUUGAAGGAGAGAGAUGGAAUAUUUUUUAGAAUAGAUGAUGUUAUUGAAACCCUAGGUUUAAGAUUGUGGUAACAUCAAUAAGUAAGUAGUAAGAUGAUGGCUUCUGCUUCCUCCGAUGUUUCUCAAUUUCAUCACACACCUUCUUACUGUGAAGAGAAUGUGUAUUUGCUCUGCAAGAAAUUGUGUGCAGACGGAGUAGUUGAUGCCUCUGAUCUCUUCGUCGUCUUCAUCUCCAAUGAGCAUAAACAUAUCCCAUUGUGGCAUCAGAAAGCCAGCCAUAGAGCCGAUGGGAUCAUUCUCUGGGAUUACCAUGUUAUUUGCGUUCAGAAGAAAAGAAAACAAGCAAAGUCUGUGGAUCUAGUAUGGGAUUUGGAUUCAACUCUCUCGUUUCCAUCAACUCUAGCAUCCUAUGUAUCGGAUGGUAUCCGGCCCUCAUUUGAGCUCUUCUCUGAAUUUCAAAGGGUCUUUCGUAUAGUGCAUGCUCCAUUGUUUCUCCGUUAUUUUGCCUCCGAUAGGAGACAUAUGAAGGAUUCCGAGGGAAAUUGGAUGUCUCCUCCACCCGAGUACAAACCCAUAGUUGCUCAAGAUGGAACUGUGCACAACUUAAACCAGUUCAUUGAAAUGUCAACUAAAGAUGUUUUGGAAGACGUCGGAGAAGACUCGGUCAAUGCAGUUUUUACUAAACAAUUGGGUGUGCUGGUGGGUGAGAGCCAGCUGGAACAGUUCUUUUCUUGCAUUUCAAGUUAGCUUUCAUGUUCAUUUUCCAAUACCCUCUUCUUGCAAUCUGUUGCAGAUUUAUUAUCCUGUUUUCAGAUGAUAUUAUUACAUGUAUGUGAGCAAAAAUGAAUUACUUGUAUUGCAAGUCAUUGGUAAGUUGACUUAGACUCAUACUCGGACAAGAAACAAGAGUUGACUAGUUAGAUCACUCACAUCUGUCAAACAAUAAACCCGUUCUUUGUAUUU